AUGAGUUGCCGUGACGAUCACCAUGGCUGCAGCACACGACCAGAAGAAGAGACCCGGUCGCGGCAGCUAGCUAAGCUCGACGACUGGACCAGCUUCGUUCCACGUAUUUUAUUCCACCCCAAGAAGCCAUGGCCGGACGGUGGUAGACCCGAAAUUACACCUGCAGCCGCGAGAGUAUAUGCAGCUCUGUCGUCCUACUGCAUCAACAUAACCCCCUUCAGGGUUGCUUCCAAGUCAACCAGGGGAUAUGCAGGUGUGGUUGACUGUAUUGGUAUCUGCAACGCAACCACUGAUGACCGGCUGAUUACUGGGUGUUAG